AUGAGUUGUUUCCUUCUUCCUAAGUGCCUAUAUGACGACCUUGAAAGAGAAAUGAGAAGCUUUUGGUGGGGCCAAAAACAACAGGAGACCAAGAUUGCCUGGGUUGGAUGGAAGAAAAUGUGCAAGCCUAAAUCUCUUGGCGGGAUAGGCUUCAGGAACUUGCAAGCUUUUAACCUUGCUUUGCUCGUAAAACAAGCUUGGAGGAUUCUUACUAACCCUUCCUCCCUAGCUGCACGUGUACUAAAGGCCAAGAAUUUCCCCUACGGUGACAUCCUUAAUGCAAGCCUAGGCAGCAACCCCUCUUAUACUGGCGAAGCAUUUUUCAUAAUCUCGAAGCCAUUAAGAAAGGAACUCGUUAAAGAGUGGGAAAUGGGCGGUUAA